AUGGGUUUAUUAACUGUAACCGACACUACCUUACCGAAACAGGAAGAGACCGUGACAGAAUCAAUUACAGAAUUCGAGAGGAAUCAAAAACGGUACCAAGAACUCAUCGCCACCUUUCCUCACGAGAAAGGCUGGAGACCAAAAAAUCCCUUGAUCAAGUACGGUGGUCACUGGCUGAUAAAGCCUCGCAUUGAAGGCUGCCUUUACGCGCAAGAGUUCUUCCAAGCACGACCUAGUGACUUACUCCUCUGCAGCUAUCCAAAGACAGGUACCACUUGGCUCAAAGCCCUCAUUUUCGCAAUCUCCAAUCGGUCUCGCUUCAACGAUUCAACAAACCCUCUCUUAAAACGUAAUCCUCACGAGCUUGUUCCUUAUAUUGAGAUCGAAUUCGCUUUCUUCCUUCACAUUGAUGUUAUCAAUAACAAAGAGAACACUCUGUUUGCCACUCAUCUCCCGCACGGAUUAUUACCCGAGUCGGUUUCAAGAUCUAGUUGUACAAUGGUUUACAUCUGGAGAGACCCUAAAGACACUUUCGUCUCCAUGUGGAUUUUCUAUAAGAAGCAAAAGACACAGGAUGGCCCUCUCAAUAGUCUUGAGGAGUCUUUUGAUAUGUUUUGUCGAGGCUACUACCAGUGGGCCAACAGACCCAAAAGCAUGAAACAAGAUAGAACAUUAUAG